AUGGAGAACGAAGGCCAGCGCAAAGCACCACCCUCGCUCCGGCGGCGAGGCUCGCAGCCGAGGCAGGCCCCGAAGCCGCCCUCGGAGAACCAGCUGAAGGCCAGGGAGGCGGAGGUGCAGCGCGCCGCGGCGCGGCAGCUCUGGGAGGCCUUUGGCGGCCCAGCAGGCGCGGACUCAGUACAGCAGCUGUUGGCAGAGGUGCCGCUGUCGGAGGCCUUGCGCCUGGCGAGCGAUGCGCAGGCGGGAAGCGACUGGUGCGAGUCCGUUUUGUCCCUGGGGAAGGUGCGGCAUGGCGAGGCCUGCCAGCGAGUGCUGGAGCAGCGCAAGGCGCAGCUGCUGGCGAGCCUCGCCUGA